CUUUUUCCCUUUUUCUCUUUCAUCCAUCAGAAAAGCCAAGAAGCGUGAACACAAUCAAAGAGGGCAAAACAUGGUUAGACAAGACACACACACUGUUCGUCAUAGAUAGUGCUGCUGAUAUCUUUUGAGCUUUGGGCUGUUCUUUUUUCUCUUGUUCUUUUCUUAACUUGCACACGCUUCUAGCUAGUAGCCGACUCGUACACAUACGAGCACGCUCAUACAUAUACACUAAACAAACAACAUGUCCCUAUGUAGUCCAGUGCGACAGCGAAUAUUUGAAACGAGAUGGUCGAAAUGGUUCCUGGCUCUGGCGCUAAUGCAGGUCAUUGUCACCAUCCCGAUUCUUAUAGUGACACUCGUCAAAGUGGAAACCAGUUACAACAUGAACCCUCCGACAACGGACCUCAAAGAUUAUCUAAAGGACAAAGUAGUCCGCGUUCGAAUUGAGAAUAUCUGGUUUAUCGUCUAUGAGCUCUGGAAGCUCUGGCUUGUGAUUGAUGGGAUCUUGCAAGCUAAUUCGCUUACUGUGAUUGCCUCGGCUGCGUUUACAUGUUUCUCAGGGGCACUGGGUAUCAUGCAAAUCGUUGAAUCGCUACAAUGGACACUGUCGCUAGCUGUCAACUUGUAUCUACAAAUCGCCAUGACAGUCGUAGUCUGGACUAUCGCUGUGCCUACGAUCUUUGUGGCGCUCAUGCUGGUCAAGGAAUAUGGAUGGAAUUUAGUUGAAAGAAUUGGUCCUGACUUGCGCUUACAAAAUAUGUACUAUACUGUGCAAUGCUUCACUCUGAUGAUCAAGAUUGAUAUAUUCUUCGAAGUGCUGCUGCUAGCAUUCUACGCUGUCUGUGCCAACAUGAGCACUGAUCUUUGGGCUGCUGCAACUGCUUUGGCAAUUCUUUGCUUACUGGCUCUUUUUUUGGGGAGGAAAGCGAUUGCAGAUGAAAGGCACUGGAUGAUGUCCUUGUUCUCUCUAUUCCAAGGGGCCAUCAUAUUUGUCAACUUGGCUGUCAUGGUCAUGAUAACCGACCCAUCUGAUGUCUGGUAUACCUUGUCGAUUUAUGCUUGUGCCUCUAUAGUGAUUGUUGUGUUUACACUCUAUAUGGCCGUUCGAUGUCAGCGAAACUUUGGCAACGGUUUAAAGCCUCAUGGUUAGUAAUGAUAAUUUUUUUUGAAAUAAAGCAGCAUGGACUUGUUAAUACUCUUUUUGCUCCAGUCAAUUGGGCAUUAUACCGUAAACCAUCCAAAACAUCAUCUACCACCGUAAGGAGUGUUGCAAAUCACCCUCACCAGCCGCAUCGUCAGUAUUACGAUCCACAUUCUUCAGCGCAACUUCCACCGCCAGUUCCGCCACAUCACAGUAGCCACCGUUAUCACGCACAACAGGAGAGUCUUCUCGAGCACACAGAUGAGCCCAUUAACAUCGCUACCAGCAGCAGCAGCAGCAGCACGCAACCACCUCCUUCAGUCGAUUUCACCGAAUACUACCGUAUGCAUUUCCAGCAGCAGCAACAACAAACGCCACAUGAGAAACAGCAGCGGCGAGAAUAAUGGCGUUAGUUUUGUAGUAGUUACCCUUAAUCAACGUCUCCUUGGCAACGAGACAAUUUCCUUCUAUACCGCAAUUGUAAAUUUUU